CUGUCGGCGCAGGCGCAGUUUCAAUCCUCGGGCCGGAGCCGCUUCCCAACAACGCCGCCGAGCUUUGGGGAUCCGCUAAACUUGCCGCGGGAGGGAGGAAGAAGGGCGAGAGCGGAAGGAAGGGACGGGACGGGACGCGGCUGAGCAGGAGGCGGCGGAAGAAAGUAGGGAGCCGAGUCGCCCCGAUCUGCUCGGGCGACAGCUUGAAACUCUUGAAAGUGGCUUUGAACACAACAUACCAUGAAAAACCAAGAUGGAGAAGGCAAAGCAGCCGUGUUACCUGCCAGUCCAUCCAAAACAAAUAGCAGCCUGGGACUGGAAGACGGUGGUGACUUAGUUGAGGCUCCUGUCGCAUCCAUGGCAAGCCAGGAAUGUCUGCACCAGCCCAAGAUGUGCACCUGCAAAUCUUUGGUUGAGGGAAGUGUUGGGACACCAGUGAGCGAGGAACAGGGCAAGAAAGAGGCAUCUCUGGAGGAAGAGACUGCCUCCCAGCUGCACCAGCCUGCCACUUGCGAUGUCUCUGAAGAGCUGAGCAGGCAGCUGGAGGACAUUCUGAACACGUACUGCAUGGACACUAACCAGGAAGGCCCAGGAGAUGACAAUGGGCAGAGUGAGCCUGUAGAGCUGGAUGAGGCGGAGAAGUGCCGGAGCGAGUCCCCAAGGAAUGGCGAGCAGGAGCAGAGCUGCCCUGAGAUAAAUGGGGAGAAAGAGAGCCUCCGGGGGGCCCAUGACGAGGGCAGUGAGCGUGAUCAGAAACGAGCUCAGGAAAAAAAGAAGGCCAAGGGGCUCGGCAAGGAGAUCACAUUGCUCAUGCAGACCCUCAACACCCUCAGCACAUCUGAGGAGAAGCUGGCAGCCCUGUGCAAGAAGUAUGCUGAACUGGUCAGUUCUGACAAGCUGGAAGAGCACAGAAACUCUCAGAAACAGAUGAAGACCUUACAGAAAAAGCAGACCCAGUUGGUGCAGGAGAAGGACCAUCUACGGAGCGAGCACAGCAAGGCCAUCUUGGCCCGCAGCAAGCUGGAGAGCCUGUGCCGGGAGCUCCAGAGGCACAACCGCACCCUCAAGGAGGAAGGCGUCCAACGAGCCCGAGAGGAAGAGGAAAAGCGGAAGGAGGUGACGUCCCACUUCCAGGUGACGCUCAACGACAUCCAGCUGCAGAUGGAGCAGCACAACGAGCGCAACGCCAAGCUGCGCCAGGAGAACAUGGAGCUGGCCGAAAGGCUGAAGAAACUCAUUGAGCAGUACGAGCUGCGGGAGGAGCACAUCGACAAGGUCUUCAAACACAAGGACUUGCAGCAGCAACUGGUGGACGCCAAACUCCAGCAGGCCCAGGAGAUGCUGAAGGAGGCCGAGGAGAGGCACCAGCGAGAGAAGGACUUUCUCCUGAAAGAAGCCGUGGAGUCCCAGAGAAUGUGCGAGUUAAUGAAGCAGCAGGAGACGCAUCUGAAGCAGCAGCUGGCCCUCUACACAGAGAAGUUUGAAGAGUUCCAGAAUACACUUUCCAAAAGCAGCGAAGUGUUUACCACCUUCAAACAAGAAAUGGAGAAGAUGACUAAGAAGAUCAAGAAGCUUGAAAAAGAGACCACAAUGUACAGGUCCCGCUGGGAAAGCAGCAACAAGGCCCUUCUGGAAAUGGCCGAAGAGAAAACCCUCCGGGACAAAGAACUGGAGGGCCUCCAGGUGAAAAUUCAGCGCCUUGAGAAAUUGUGCCGGGCACUGCAGACAGAGCGCAACGACCUGAAUAAGAAGGUGCAAGACCUUUGUGCCUUCACAGCUCCAGCUGCUGGCAUGGACAGCCCGGCGCCUCCAAAUAAUCCAUCUCCAGGCAGCUCAGAGGAGCUGGCACCACAGGGCCCUCCAGUGGGGGAGUGCCUUGCUUUGGCACAGGCUGUGUGCUGCACAGGACCUGCAGAGAGCCUUGGCGAACCGAGCAUAGGAGGGCCUCCUCAGGAAGAGACUGAGGAAGCCGCUAACUCAGCCGAGUAAAGGGGGAGGGAGAGAGAGGAAGGGUGGCAAGCAAAUUUCUCCAGAGACUGAUCCAGCCCGCUUCCUUGGCCUCAGGCCUUGAGCAAGGGGUGAGAGCUCAGUCCUUCUGGGGCUUUGAGAUUCUCCAGUUAAAGCUUUUGAUGAUACUGAAGGGGCGCACUCUCUCUCUUUCCUUUUUGUUUUUUUAAGUCUGUCUAUGACAUGACGUUGUGCAGGGCAACACCCACUUUUUACAUAUAGAUAUAUCUAUAAACUAGAUUAAUCCACUUCCCUGUUUGUGGCAGUUUCACCGGAAGACCUUGUCAAGGUUGGGUCUGGGGGGAAACCUGCCACCGCACCCAGUCUAAAUUAGCGGUGUCCAUCUGGCCACUGCAGCUCACCAUGGGUGCUAUGCUGUCGAGAACAAACUUCAAGCAAAAAGUGACCCCAGAGGGGCUUGAGGGAUGGUUUCUUUCCUUCCUCGCUUCCCCCCCCCACCGACCCCAAACCAGCCCCAAAGGUUUAAAACCAGGACAGGAUGCUCAGGAGUUUGCUAUCUUGUGGGUGGUUGUUUUUAAACUUGUAGGUUUUUUCUUUCCCCCAGAAAUAGGAGAAUAAAGUGGGCAUGGUUUUGCUUCUUGGGAACAAGAGACAGAGGCCACAGGCCCUGUUGAUUUGGGGAGAGGAGUGGCCUCUCCAGACGGUUGCUACUUCCAGAGUCUAUGUCUCAAUCGCCUUAUGACUUCACAGUUGCCUCUAUGCUUAUAUGCACACACGCACAAGUGUAUGUAUUAAAGAGUUAAUCCAAAGGCUUUACUUGCUUAUGUGUUUUGCACAAGGGGCUGCCCAGGCAUGAGUUGGUGUGUGGCUAAUUUUUGGGGAGGCAGGAAGAUCUCAGUUGGGAGUGGCUUGUCCUAGCGAAUUGGGGUGGGGCUGCCAAAGGAGGCACAGCUGCCUCUCCUUCCUGAGCUGUGUUUGCUCUCCUGUCUCUUACCCCCAUGCUGCCUGCAGGCUGGCCAUUCAAUUAACUUCACUGCUCUACCUGAUGAAUGGCUGGCCUGCAGGCAGUGCGCAGGGCAGAAGAGAGGGGAGCAAAUGGAGCUCGGGAAAGAGAGGCCGCUGUGCCUCCUUUGACCGCUGCCCCCCGUUUGCUAAGACAAGUCGCUCCUGCCCUCAGUGCAUUCUAGUCCUUGCUGAAACCUUGGUACCAGGUCAGUCACGACCUGGAGGUUUCGGGGGGCAAAACUGAGCCUCCCGUUCCAGAUAGCAUUAGUCAACCAGCCCAGGACUUGGGCAGCCAACCCUGGCCCGAAAUCUGCUGCUGCUGCUGCAUGGAGCUUGUCAGUGGGACCUGGGCUCCAUUUCCUUCUGAGGGGCCAUCUUCUUCCCUCUGGAACUCUGUGGAAGUGUUUAACCUUUAACGAUGCUCCCAUUUAGUUUGGACUCUCUGUCUGAGGCCUGUAUUUUACAUUCACAAUUUUCAUAUGUGCUGCUUCCGGGACUUAAGGUGGACUGCAAAACUUGUUAAUCAGUAGCGACCUCCUAAGCUUUGAAAACUCCGCUUCUUCCCCCAGGUUCAUUUGGACAUUUCUGGGUUGUCUGCUUUUCAGGGGCAUGUUGUUUUGUGAGCUGGGGGUGGUGGUGGUGGCUGUGUUUCUGAGUAGCCAGCAAAAGGCACCAGUGCGGUUCCCUGCACUCUAUAGUUCAAACUCUCUGUUACGCAAAGCCAGGCGUGGGGCGGUUGGGUUUGUAAUGCAUUUUGUAAGACUUUAAGCUUUUGCUCAGAGCACCGGUUCAGCAUCCCUGUUUUUUCUUUGAUGGGGUUUGAUACGGUUUCCCUGGCUGGCCCACCACAGCCUGGCUUCUCAACCUUGGCUCCCCAGAUGUUGUUACACUCUAACUUGCAGCAGCCACAAUGACUGAAGGCUGCGGAUGAUAGGAGUUGUAGUCCAUCAGCAUCUGGGGACCCAAAUUUGAGAACCCCUGGGCUUAUGGUAUCGGCUCCUGAGUGGUUGUCCUCGCAGGGAGGUGUGGCAAAAAGGAAGCAAAUGUACAUGGGGGCCUCAGCCCUUUGCGAGGAGGAGGCUUGAGUUCCAAUGACCCCCACCUUUGUCCAGAUGUUUCUCUCUCAGCUUCUGCUGUUCCAAGCAAACCUUCCAAACUUUUUCUUAAUGCUGUGGUACAAAUAGGCUAUAUCCAGAUCUGUUGUAUGUAUCUUUGUAUCCAAUAGAAACAAACAUAAACUUGUCA